GAAACAGCAAAUGAUGCCAUCGUCACCUUUUUUAUGCGAUAUGCAUGUGGCUUCUUGGUUAUGCGAUACUCAGAAGCCCAGGGGACUCAUCGAUGUUGUCUUGGCGUAUUUCCAUAGUGAUGGGCAAAUUAAAAAGCAUUGUUUCUCACGCAUUGGCAAACAAUUUUAUUUGGUUUUUGCAGAGAGAGAGAGUUGCAUGUUCCGUUACUACUAUGGCCAUAAUUCAUCAAACUCACCGUUCGGAAUGAGUAUUAACGGCGGCAUCUUUUUUUUUCUUGCAUCCUUGGUCUGUCGGGAGCCAACAGUCACAUUGAAUCUUCUAGGAGCUUCGAUCUGCCUUUAUUAUAUCAAAAGCCUCCUUUCGUUCGAUUUGCCCCACACCACCCUCGUCGUCGACCAUGUCAAACUGGAAAAACGUAAAUAAUUGGGUCAACAAAAACUGCAUUCAGUGGGCUCGCACCUACUUUCAAGAUGAGCUUGUCGGUCUAAAGGGCGAGAAAGACGGUCAUCAAGUAGAGAUCACGAAAAUGGUGGAAUGCACCGGCGACGUUGAUUUGAAUCAGCGAAAGGGCAAGAUCAUCACCAUUUAUGAUGUCGCAUUGAAGCUCGAUUGGAAAGGUCUGGCUGCCGAUGGAACUGAAGCCACAGGUACCAUUACGAUUCCCGAAGUGGCUCAUGAUACGGAGGAAGACGAGUAUGUGUUUCAGAUCUCGGUAAAUGAUGAUAACAAUGAAAAAUCGGUGCUCAAGAAACCGAUCAAGUCAUCGUUGGUUCCGCUUUUGCAAGCCAAGUUCUCAAAAUUCUCCCAAGAUCUUAUUGAGCAACACAAGAGUGAUGUCUACAUUGAAGCCUCCGAACUCGGCACGGCGGCUCCUCCCAGAACCGCAUAGCCCAGUCCCUUGGUCUUUGUUUGAACAUGAUAUCCUAAAACAACCGCUGAGAUUCUUCGGGUUCAAUCUAGCGUUCCUCCGAAGAAUACUUGCAUUUAUAAACAAAAAAGAAAAAGAAAACACUCAUUGAUUUAGAAAGCAUAAUGUCGUGGAUUAUGUCCAUGUCAUUUUAAAAAAGCACUAUUAUACAACUUUAUUAAACAGCCAUCUCAAACAAAC